UCCUUUAGCCUUUCUUACACUGAAAUAGAUGAAAACAUCAAUGGAAACGAUAUCGCCGCCUCUCCCUAACAUUUUACCUUCCAAAAGGUUUUUGCUCAAAAAAUCUCAAUUGCCGCCGCGAUUUCCAAAACACUGGUCCAAACUAACAGCGCCACCGCCGACUCCGACCGCCAAACCCAUUUCCACCGCUCCGGCCACCGUCAGUCACACCACCUCCGACAUUUUGCGCUUAAUGGAUUCUCUUUCCCUUCCUAUACCCCCUGAUAUCUACGCUUCCCUUACCAAAGAAUGCACCCUCUCCCGCCACUCCUCUAGUGCUCUUCGCUUACAUUCCCACAUCCAAAACAACCGUAUCAAAGUCUCCUUGCCUUUGCUUAACCGCCUUCUCCUUAUGCAUGUAUCUUGUGGUCACUUGGAGAUUGCACGCCAGACGUUCGAUCAAAUGUUUCUAAGAGAUUUCAACUCUUGGGCUAUCAUGAUUGUCGCUUGCCUCCAGGCUGGUGACUCCGAACAGGCCAUUGCUUAUUUCGUUCUCAUGGAACGUUGUAAUUCUUUCUUCAAAUUCCCAUCUUGGAUCAUAGUGUGCCUUCUGAAAUCGUGCGUUUUGACUAAUAAUAUGGAAUUAGGGAAGCAAGUUCAUGGACGGUUACUCAAGUUAGGUGUUACCCGUGAUUUUUCUUUAACCGGGUCCUUAAUCAACUUCUAUGGGAACUUCAAGUGCUUGGAUGAUGCCAACACUCUCUUUAAUCGGUCUUCAAAGCGUAACACUGUGACAUGGACGGCAAAAAUGGUGAACAGUUGCAGGGAAGAUCAAUUCCGCCAGGUGCUCGAUGAUUUUACCGAUAUGGGAAGGGAAGGUAUUAAGAAAAACAGCUUUACGCUUUCAAGUGUUCUAAAGGCAUGUGCUGGGAUGGAUGAUGAAGGGAUGUCAGGACGACAGGUUCACGCCAUUGCUAUCAAGCUCGGGUUGGAAUCUGAAGGUUUCGUUCGAUGCGGGUUGAUCGACAUGUAUGGGAAAUGCAGGUUGGUGAGAGAUGCUGAGAAGGCAUUUGAGGUUGCUGGCGAUGAGAGAAACAUUGCUUGUUGGAACGCCAUGGUUACGGGUUAUGUGCAUAAUAAGCUGUGUGUUCAUGCUAUUAAGCUUCUGUAUGGAAUGAAAGAAGCCGGACUCGAGGUUCAACAAUCACUGAUCAAUGAUGUUAGGGUUGCUUGUGGUAGCAGGGAACUUGAAAAUGGCAGGACAUAGUAGAAUCAAUUUCCAUAGACAGAUUCAUCAUGUUCUGGUGGAUGGGUUUCAAAUAUUAUGAAUCGAAUGAAAAUAGACAUUGUAAAUAUUUGGAUAUAAUUACCGAAU